AUGAGCGGCCGGAGCGGCCCGACAGUCUCAUCGAGUGCUGCGCCAGCUAGCCGAUCCUCUGUCCCUUGGAAGCUGGAAACCAGUGUUCUGCGUACGAUUCCAUCAAACACGCCCGAGCAUGAGGUCCCAACGUUCGAGCUUGUGGAUGCGGAAGUCUUGCGGGCGGAUGGCCAGACACUCGCAAACCCUCUAGAUCUCCAGCUUCAUGGCCCGUUUAUUGUGCGCGGGUUCCUCAUGAUCGAUGACGCUGCCCAGCGAACACAUUUGAUCACACAAGGGAGGAGGAAUCGUAUCCCCAUCCAGAUCAACCAGGUUGAGCGCUACUCCGUCGGGAUUGCCGCCGAUGACGAGGAUAGCUUAGGCUUCAACCCCCCUUUGCUUUGGCUAAGGGGCAAAUGCUGUUAUCAUGAGAUCAGCCCUGCGCAGCAUUAUCUCCCCAUCUACCGGCAAACCAACGAGGCGAUAGCAAUGUACUACAGCUUUGAGGAAUACUACAGCACAGGCCAGGGAAUCCCCAUGAAAAAGCCUUCCAAGAAGACCAAGCUACGAGUGGAGUCUUUGGCACCCUUGUUCCUCCAUUGUGCGAUGCAGCUCGGAAAUGGUUGGACUAUGGACGACGUGACGCAGAAGUGCCAUGACCUUGCUCACUUUCUCAUCAGCCAAUUUUUCACAACGAUGGAGGAUGUUCUAAUAUGGGAGGACACUUAUUUUCACGCAUGGAUGGUGCAGGAGCACAAGAUUCGAUCAUCUGAACCAACGCCGGUGGGCACAACAAUCAAGGAAAAAUCGACGACAAGUGACGUGCCGGCAGGCUCAGGCUCCCAGCGUCAGCGAUCUACAAGAUCACGCUCGCUCCUCCCUGAGGAACCUCACGUUCUAGCUGAACGCCCCGCACCCAAGACUAAAAUGAAGCCGUCUACAUCGACCCCGACUUUGACCUCGCAAGCCUCCAAGGACUCGCCGGCUGCAGAUGAUGAGCAUGUCGAGCCAUUCGAGUCUUUGCGCCUUGCUCUUGAGGGCGUGUAUACCAAGACAGCAAAUACAGCAAAGCUGACGGAGCAGUCUAUAGCGAACAAGAUCUACUUCGACUACCGGUGGCCCACCUACAAAAACGGGCAAACUGGAUGCCACAAGAUACCUGUGCUGGAGGUGUUUCACUACAAUGCUGCGCAGCUCCUCAAGGUGCUCGAUAAAGCGAGAUGGGGUGGCACGCAGUUCUGGUCUUGGCUUGAGGCGAAGGCAGAGGAGCCCUUCAAGCCAGUGUCCAUGACGCCGGACAAAUUCCCGUACACCCUGGUCCUCAGGAAGAAGAUGGAGAACAUUGUGCGCAAGGACAAACCGCCACCUGCGAAACGGCCCGCCACCCAUGACUACGGGUAUGACGAGGACGAGGACGAGGACGAAAGUGAUGUCCGCCAUGAGGGUUUUGAAACCCCUGGCCGAGGCAUUGGAAAGACGCCAGCGCGCCUAGGCAAGUCUGCCCUACGACCAGCGGCACCACUUAGAAAACGGGCUCUGGAGAGUGACUCUGAAGAAGAAUCUCCCAUUGCAAAGCGAUCGCACUUUUUCGGCGGCGAUACCAAAGACGACCAGCAACCAGCCCACGAGGACGAAGAGGAAGAUGGAGAACCUCAGAUCAAGCUCGUUGUGCGCGCCGACAGAAUACCCUCGACCACCCCUCGCGGUCCCGACGGGACCUGGAUCUGCGAUGAAGAGAAUUGCAACUACAUUAUCCGCGGAGGUGACACCGAAGAUUGUAAGGAACGCAUUCAGCAACACCUUGCCACACACGAGCAGGAAGUCGAACGUGUCCACCUAGCCAUGGUCGAAGGCACCAAGAACCACAGCUCAAUCAGUGGAGGACAGUCACGAGACCGACAAAACGACGCCGGAAGCCCCAACAUCUUAGCACGAUCAAACCGCAUGUCCGAGCACAGUAUCGCCCAAAGAACCACGACGAACAACAAGAACACCCUUACCCACUAUCGCUACACCACCAUGCGCAUCCUCCCCUCUACCUAA